AUGUUAGCUCCAUUCAACCUACCCAAAGGCAUCCUCCUCCUGAUAACAGACGAACUAGCCGCUCCAGCAGACUUUCUCCUCCACCGAAGCCUAAUAUCGCACGUCAAAGAAACAAAUGGACCAACAAAAACGAUCGUGUUGUCCGUUUCAGAGGACCUGACAAAGUGGAAAGCGGUUGCGUCCAAGCUUAACCUCAACAUCUCGCACCAGAUAACGAAUGGAUCGCUGGAAUUCAUAGAUGUUAUGAAGCACGUCCAACCGGAUUUUCGUGCCCCGGCUCCUCGAGAGACGGCAGAUCUACAUUCACCACCGACACUACGUCCCCUCUUCGAUCUCUUGCAAACCGCAUUACACAAACCGGACCACGGGGACGCGAAGCUGGUUAUCCUGGACGAUAUAGCGACUUUGGAGUGGAUAGGGUUCUCGUUGCUUGAUGUUAGUAGGUUUGCGCGUGCGUUACGGUGUGCAUGUUUGAAGGCCAAAGCUACUCUGAUCAUCCGCCAUCACGUCGUUACGCCUGGGGAUCCUGACGAUUUGUUUCGACACCUGCUGCAAAUGUGCACAUAUCAUUUGGACGUAAGGCCUCUUGGUAGUGGACGGAGUGGGGCUGUCAGCGGAGAGGUUGCCUUGCAUCUGGGACCUUCUACUCCAGUUGGUGGUGGUGUCAAGUUGAUUCCUCGUAGUGCGGCGCUUCAAUAUAAGCUGGCGGAUAAUGGGCCUGUAUUUUUUCAGCGGGGAACUGGGGGUGGGGUUUUGUAA